CAACAAAAACCCAAGGACCCCAAGGUGACAAAGGCCAGAGCAGAGAGCAAGCUGUAGUCCGGGGAGAAGGAGGCCAUGAGUGCCCGGGCUACACGGCCCCGAAGCCGCCGAGGGAGGCAUCCUCCGCCUGUGGAGCUGGACCCCGUGGCUGAGAGCUCAGAGGAGGUGGAGGCCACCGGUGGGAGUUUCGAGGCCAAAUCUGAGCUGCUUCGGGAGCACUUCGGUCCUGAGCAGAGGGACCCAGGCAGCCGGACCGAGGAUGAUUGUGCUGUGGGAUACCAUGAGGCCCUUCCCUGGAUCCCAGAGGAAUGGUGCAAUCUUGAGGUGGGAGCCCGCCAGGCCCCGCAGGCAGCCCCCCUGGAUGCUGGCCAUGCUGAGACAUCAGCACCCAACGUGUUUGAAACCCUGCAGUGCAGGCUGAGCUCCCUGGAGGCAGCGGUGGCCGCGUGGCGCCACCGCCCCCUGAGCAUCCCAAGGCCGGUGGAUACAGAAGGCAGAGACCAGGGGGCCCCAGGGUCCACUGCUGAUCAGGAAGAAGCCGCUGGGCCUGGGCAGCAGGAGGCAGCUCGCCUCAUAGAGAGGAAUGCCUGGCUGCGACUGGCCCUGGGCAGCCGAGAGGAUGAGCUGGCGUGCACUCAAGCUUUCCUGAAGGAUGCCCAGGCAGAGAAGGCAACUCUGCAGAGACAGGUGCAGGAGCUGGAGGAUUCCCUGACGCGGCUAGAGGCCUCCCCACCUCCCUCCACUCUCCGAGUCCAGCAUACAAACAGCAACUCCAGCAGUUCUGGGGCAGAAGGGGAAACCUGCACGUCUCAGGACUGUCCUGUGGCUCGCCCCCUCAACCAACGCCUCCAGAGUGACGCCAGAACCCGGAUCUUUGGAUGUCUUUCUACACAGCAUCCAGCUCCAGAGAUGCACCUCAUGGAAGACCAGAUACAGCAGCUCCAGGGGAGCAUUGAGAAGUUGAAGUGCUUCAACCGCCUCCUGCUGGCUGUGCUCCAGAGCUACAAGGGCCGAUGUGAGAGCCUCAGCAUGCAGCUGGGCCAGCGGGAGGCCGAGGCCACAGCCCUACACCUGGCCCUGCAGUAUAGUGAGGAUUGUGAGGAGGCAUACGGGGUGCUGCUUGCUCUGAGGACAGCUGGCUCAGGAGCUGGAGCUGAUGCCACCAAGGGUGACCUACAGGCUGCUGAGAAGGAAGCGCGUCAGCUGCUGGUGAAGAGUGAAGCGGCCAUGGAUGGAGAGGAGGCACCGCAGCCCAGCCCAGAGGGCAGCAGUGUGGACACGCCUACCCCACAGGAACUGGCUGCUCGGCUGCAUGGCUAUGUCCAGCAUCUCCGCGAGCGGUGGGCUCUGGUGAAGGUCCCCCCAGCGCUUGGCCCUGCCACUCCACCCAGGCCCACAAUGCCCCACGCGGAAGCAACAGUGCAGGCCGUUCUGGAGAUCCAGCCCGGCCCUGCCCUGCCCAGGCUGGGGAAGUCUCAGAUCCAGCGGGACCUAGCGGCUACUCGGGACGGUCUGGCCGAGCUGGUGCUGAGGCUGCAGCUGGCUCGGCGGGAGAAGCGCGGGCUGGAGCUGCGGGAGGCGGCUCUGCGUGCCCAGGGCCCCGCCCACCUGCUGCUCCUGGAGCAGCUUCGCUGGGAGCAGGCUCACCUCGCGGGCGUGGGCAGCAGCGGGGGCAGCAGCGAGGACCCGAGCAGCGAGGAGGAGGAGGAAGAGAACGGAGAGGAGGGGCAGCAGCACUGCCAGGUCCCUCAUGCCCUCCCGGGUGGCCAAAUGGGCAGAGCGUGGGACUCUGAAAACGUAUCCCAGGAACUGUCAGCAUCCCUGGCCAGGGCGGUGGACCUGCGGGCACAGCUGCGGUCCCUGCGUCGGCAGCUGGAACAUGUGGCUCAGAAGGGCCGAACCAGACGUGCUCAGAGUGCGGAGCUGAACAGAGAGCUGUGCAAGGCUCACAGCGCUCUGGCCUUGGCCUUCAGAGGAGCCCACCGGAAGCAAGAAGAGCAACGCCGGACGUUGGAGCAGCAGGUGGCUCGGAUGCAGGUCCAGCAGGCAGAGGAGCUGGCGGUGCUGGCAGCCACCACCAGGGCCCUGGGGAAGCACAGGGCUCUCCAGCCAGCCCAGACAUUCCUGUAGGACCCGGACCAAGUCUGCAUGGGGCACACAGGGGUGGCGGGCUGGAGAGCAGGCUCAGCCGUUAGGAGCGCAUUCUGCUCUCCUAACUUUGGUUCCUUUGCCAGACUCAGCAGCCACUGUGGUUCUGUCUCCCCCUUCUGGCCUCUGCACUAGUGUACACAUGCCGCACUCAUACACGCGUGCAAUUAAACAAAACAGGGUACCACCUGUCCUUUGCCCCUGGCGCCCGAGCAUCUUCCCAAGAGGGGACUGAGGUGGAAAGGGUUCAGGUUAGUGUCAUGGAUGGGAGGUUUGUUCCCUGGGAGAGGAAUCCCAGACUGCUUUGGGACAUGCAUUUUAGAGGAAAUAGAAGGCUCUUGCCUGUUGCUCCCACCUGAAGCCCUCAGACCUGCCUCUGCCUGCCCAUCCCUCAAGCCUGUGUGGACGUGGCCUGGUUCCAUGCGGCCUUACCAAGCAGUGGGAGGUUUCUGCAGAGCUCUGCAGGAGAAGACAGCACUGGCUGGGCAGAGUGCUGGCCUAACAUGCACAGGG